UAUGUCAUCCAUGUAGUGCGUGAAUUGUACAAGGUUAUUUUGUCAUUUAACAACGGAGUCUGAUACCCCAUCCUCCUCCAUUACGUAACUAAAGCUGCGACAGUUGAGUGCAUGAAGUGUCCAACAUUCCACACUUUCCGUUAAUUUAGUGCAUCAUCCGGGUAUUUAAAGUGUACUUUUUCUUUUUGGAAUUUUCAGUGUGAACACACUGCUUGCACUAUUUGUACUUAAAAACGUCAUAGAAUAGUGCAUAAGUAUGCGAAUUGGGAUGCACCUUUAGUCUUUAUCUUAAGACGAAAAUGCUUUCACAUUUUAGUAAUUUUUGUCUUUCAUUUUAGUCAACUGCAGUUACCAUCAUUAAUUUUGGUAGCUAUUUUAUAUGUAGUCUUUAGACAAAAAUAGUUUUUCUCUCUUUAGACCAAUUCAAAUAGGUUAUGAGAAAUUUGAAUCAAGGUAACAGGCUGUAUUGACAUUGCACUCUUAGCAGUAGCACUUGUGCAAUUUACAUAUCCCUUUUCCUUAGCUGGAUAACAGCCUGCACUCCGAUCACCAAUUUAGUCACAGCAAACAACGCAAGCGCCUCGUGACAGAACACAGACCGACUGAAUGACACUUGUAUUUAAGCAGAAAAUCUCAGAUGAAGAUCGCUGAACUCCAGCUUACUUGUUUGUGUUUUCAGAUAUUCCGCGCUUCUUCUGCAGUGUAAAGAGAGCGCAUAUGCCUGGUUGCCAGAUUGCAGAGAUUAAGUAAAACACUAGGUGGAAAACGUGUUCUUUUAACAGAAAAGCUCUGAUUGGGGAUUUAAAUUCUUGAAAUCUGGCAACCGUAAGCAUGAAAGCUUGUAAAAACAGUCUGUAAUGUUUUGUCUCCUCCUUUAUUAGACAAAAACAAAGAGUGAUUUUGGUCAAGUUGUUAUUUUUUUUAUUUUUUAUUUUUUUACAACAUUUCAACACAUUUCGUCAGCAAUAUAGUAUGUUUAUAACAAUUAUCAUUUAAUGAUGUUGGUGUCGUCUCGUCAUCGUCUCAUCUUAGUCAUGGAAAAAAAGGUCCAGUCUUUGGUUCCAGUCUUUCCCAGUUUGAUGCUGAACAUAAUGUUUCCAAUUGGACCCAAAUAAAUUAAUCUUGCUCUCAUCACUAAAGUGAAUUUUGGGCCAGUUCUCUUCUGUCCACAGACCAUGAUCCUCAGCAGGGGUAGGCAAGUUCGGUCCUAGAGAGCCGCUGUCCUGCAGACUUUAGCUCCAAACUUAAUCAAACUCACCUGAACAAGCUAAUCAAGCUCUUCCAGAUUACUAAAUCUGUAGGCAGGUGAGGUUUUUUUUUUUUUCAAGGUUAGAGCUGAACUCUGCAGGACAGCGGCUCUCUAGGACCGAACUUGCCUACCCCUGGUCUAGCCUUUUGAUCCUUUGUCCUAACAAGAGGCUUGGUCACUGCAGAGUGGGAUUUAAGUAAAAUUCUCAAUGGUGAGAGACUGUAUCCCGAGACAGAUCCUAACCAUGUUGAGCACUGAAUUUGCGAGUAUUUCCAGCUGCAGUGUUGAAGCAAUUCCCCAUUGAGAGUCUCUGCAUCAUUCUGUCCUCUUAGCCAUUUGUCUUACAUGGACGACCAGCCUUUUUGGGCUUGGCAUCCUGUCCCAAUGGGCUGGACGUCUGGGUGCUCGUGAACCACCAGUGGCAAUGAUUAGUCAUUUCUGAGGCAAACAGGUCAACCUCUGCCUUCCCCCAGGAGCAGCAGGUCUCUGGACAGAGUGUCCAUCACUUGAUUGCCCGAUCCCAGGAGAUAAAUGGCCCUUAAUGGAGCCUGCCAGGCCCUGAGACCAUGUGAGGAUCUUGCGAGUUAGCUGUAAAGACGCAAGAGACAUGGUGUCGCCCUGAUGAUUCAAAUGAAACACCGGUGACUUGUCAGACCGGACAAGCACAUGAUGACCCAUCAGAUUGGGUAGUGUUGUAGAGCUUAGUACUGACUCCAGGUAGCGUGGGUGAGCUGGAGCCAAUGGCAUCCUAAAAGGCCGUAGGACACGUUAGUUGUCGUGUGGCUUCUGACAACUUCAUUCUCUUCUCUAAUACCUCAGAAACAUUGGGGCCAAAGUUGAAUUUGCAGUUCUCUUAAUGUCUUUUUACAAUUUUCAGGUAACCUUGCCUGAGCAAGCCAUACCUGGCACCGGACUGUAGGAAGGGUCACUGAAAGUGUCCCCAAGUUCCCGAGUCUCAAGACCCAUAGUUAACAGAACAGUCUUUAAGAACUGAGAGAUGAUGUUGCUGAAAGGGGAGAGUCAAGAACUGAAUGAAAUGGAAAAGAAACAUCUGAAUGAAAAACAUCAUGAUUUCAUAACUGGAAAAAAAUAUUUUAAAUGCUCACAGACUGAAAAGACCUCACUAAAAAGAGCUCAAAAGACAGCAACUAGAAGUUUUUUCACCUGCCAACAGUGUGGAAAAAGUUUUAAUCGAAUAGGAAACCUUCAAGUCCACAUGAGAAUUCACACAGGAGAGUGCCCUUUCACCUGCCAACAGUGUGGAAAAAGUUUUAAUGAAAAAGGAAGCCUUCAUGUCCACAUGAGAAUUCACACUGGAGAGAAACCUUACACCUGCCAACAGUGUGGAAAAAGUUUCAAUCGAAAAGGAAAUCUAAAGACUCACAUGAGAGUUCACACCGGAGAGAAGCCUUACACAUGCCCUCAGUGUGGAAAGAGUUUUACACUGAAGAAAGGCCUUAAUUCCCACAUGAGAAAUCACACUGGAGAGAGCCCUUACAUCUGUAAAAUGUGUGGGAAGAGCUUCUCACAAAAAGCAAAUAUUAAGACUCACAUGAGAAUUCACACUGGAGAGAAGCCAUAUAUAUGUGUUCAGUGUGGAAAGAGUUUUACACGUAAAGGAACCCUUGAUUCCCACAUGAGAAGUCACACCGGAGAGAGCCCUUACACCUGCAAACUGUGUGGGAAGAACUUCACACAAAAAGAAAGUCUUAAGAGUCACAUGAGAAUUCACACUGGAGAGAAGCCUUUCACAUGUGGUCAGUGUGGAAAAUGUUUCAGAUGUAAAGAAAACCUUACUCGCCACAUGAGGAUUCACUCAAGAGAAAACCAUUUUAAAUGUCAUCAGUGUGAAAGAAGUUUCACAGACAGUAAUCAUCUUAAGAAUCAUAUAUUAACUCACACUGGAGAGAAGCCUUUCAUGUGCCAUCACUGUGGAAAGAGUUGCCCAAGCAAAGCAAACCUUGAGGUUCACAUAAGAGUUCACACUGGAGAGAAGCCUUUCACCUGCCCUCAGUGUGGGAAGAGUUUCACACUUAAAGGAAAUCUUAAGACUCACAUAAGAGUUCACACUGGAGAGAAGCCUUUCACAUGUCUUCACUGUGAAGAGAGUUUUACAUAUCAGAAAGACCUGAAACGUCAUUUGCAAACACAUUCUGAAAAAGAAAUAGCAAAAUUCAGAGUGUGACCAGAUGUUUUGAAAAAAGCUAUUUCCAACAUCACCUCUGGAAUUAAAAAAAUUUGAAUUGUGAUCAGUGUACUAAGAAGUUUUUGUUUGCCAUUACACUUACAAAUACACCUGAAAAGUCAUGCAUCUAUAAAACCCUAUUUGUUUUCCUAGUGGAGAAAGGGGUUUAAAUGGCUCUGCAAUUUAAAAAGGAAGUAUGUAACUCUGUCACUAUGCAGUUGAAUGUGUGUCAAAUCUGAUUGUCUAACUUCAUGACCAUUUAUUUGAAUUCUUUACUUGUUUAUAUCUUUUUGAUCCUUUGAUUCUUUGCUGUAUUUUCGAAUAUUGAACAUGAUAGAUGCCUUCUAAUUCCGUUUGUAUAGCGGCGAUGCUUCAUUCUACUGAUUGAUACCUCAGAAUCAAAAUUUUAGAUAAACGUGUCUUGCUGUGAAAUGCCACAAUGUAAAUGAAGGAAUGUAAAUAAAAGGUCAUAAACUGAAUGAAAUAAUAAACAUUG